GAUGGUAUUUAACGCCACCUAUCUCAGAAGCGUCGYAACAAACUCGAAAAAAAUUUGGCGCCAAUGCAUUUCAUGCUAAUCGUGUAUAAAAUUUUUAAUGUAUACGUGGUUGUAAUUACAUACAUAGAUAACAUCUUAACAAAUAUUGUUAUUUACUCAGUGUCGUGUGAAAUUAUUGUCUUCAAUAUUAAUUGGCUUCAAAACACGCUACGAGGGCUUUAAGCGAUGAUUCAAUUUCGAUAACGCCUUUGUAAACAAGUGAAAAGAUAUGGCUACGGUAACGCAAUCUUUUCCGAAGAUUCUUAAAAUGCUACGAGAGUCUAGUAGCAACAAGGAAAAGAAAGAUGCUUUAACCUAUAUUCGCAGCAAUCUCAAAAAGUUAGAAUCUUCAAAUAAUAUUAAAGAAGAACAAUAUAAGGAUCUCUGCAAAUUAGUCGUAGAUGCUUCUACAAGCAAAGAUCAAAAUAUACAACAUGAGGCAUAUGAUACGCUUACUUGUAUCGUGCAAAAUUUGAGGAAUCACAAAUUAAAUUUAUUUGAAUCGUUGCAACAUAUAAAUAGGAAGGACAGAUUAAAAAUUCUUAAAUUACUAGAUGUGGUGGAUGAUAUAGCUAUAUUGAUAGCUGCUAAUGAUAAGUCAAUUGUUAAUUUAUUAAACGAUUGUCUGCAAACUGUACAGCCUGCCACAAUGAAUUGGCUUUUACCAACAGCAUGUACAGAAAAUUUACAUAAAUUAACCGAAGUAGAAAACAAAGUAUUAUCCAAUAAUCAGAAGAUCGAAGAAGAGAUGAUUAAUUAUAGUCUUAAUUUGUUGAGAAGACUAUACAAAGUAGCUGCUGAGAUGGCUGAUAAUACUAAAAUACAGAGGUUCGAUCAAAUACUAAUGGAGAAAGUUAUAUUAUUAGCUUAUAUGGGUCAUAAGCGACAGCGUACUCCUGCUUUAAAACUAUUACAGCAAGCAAUCACAACUAAUCUGGCCACACAUGUUCGUAAUGAUUUACCAGAUGUUUGRUCACAAUUUAAGACAGAUUUGCAAUCUAUAUAUUGCAAACGAAUGCAGCUUUUAGUAUCGGUAUCUGAAAUUGACUGGGCUCUUCAAUGAAAUGUCAGUGUUCAAUUGCUUGGUACCGAUCUUCACCGUGGUGCAAGCUUGAUAAAUAACUUACUCAGUGUUGAGGAAAAAGCCUUCAAAUCUUCUGAUGCUGUUAUACGGAGGUUUGAUAUAUAUAGAUUGUUGAUGUUAUCGAUAAAUAAUGU